GAAGAGAGCGGAAGUGGCGUUGAUCUGGCCGGAGCUUUUGGGUGAAAUUGUUAGGCGUGGAGAGGGAGUGAUGUCUUCCAGACUCGGUGCAGUACCCGCUACUCCGGGACCCACAUCCUUUAAGCAGCAGAGGAGGACGAGGAUCGUGGGAGCUAAGAAUAGCAGGACCCAGUGCUCCAUAAAGGAUAAUAGUUUCCAGUACACUAUCCCUCACGAUGACUCCUUAAGUGGUUCAUCAUCUGCCUCUUCAUGUGAACCAGAGAGUAAUUUUCCAACAUCUUUCCGAAAAUCUACCUACUGGAUGAAGAUGAGAAGGAUCAAGCCAGCUGCUGCUUCUCAUGUUGAAGGGUCAGGUGUAGUGUCAACCAAGGGAAAAAGGAAACCCAGGCAGGAAGAAGAUGAAGACUAUCGAGAAUUUCCUCAGAAGAAGCAUAAGCUUUAUGGGAGGAAGCAGCGACCUAAAACUCAGCCCAGUUCCAAAUCCCAGGCUCGUCGUAUUCGGAAGGAACCACCAGUUUAUGCAGCAGGCAGUUUGGAGGAGCAGUGGUACUUAGAAAUCGUGGAAAAAGGCAGUGUUUCCUGCCCUACCUGCCAGGCAGUGGGGAGGAAGACCAUAGAGGGUUUAAAGAAACAUAUGGAAAACUGCAAACAGGAAAUGUUUACUUGUCAUCAUUGUGGGAAACAACUUCGUUCAAUGGCCGGAAUGAAGUAUCAUGUCAUGGCAAACCAUAAUAGUUUGCCCAUUUUGAAAGCUGGAGAUGAAAUAGAUGAGCCAAGUGAAAGAGAACGGCUCCGAACUGUUCUAAAGAGACUGGGAAAGCUCAGGUGUAUGCGUGAGAGUUGCUCCAGUAGCUUUACCAGCAUCAUGGGAUAUCUGUACCAUGUCAGAAAAUGUGGCAAAGGGGCUGCAGAGCUGGAGAAGAUGACCCUGAAAUGUCACCAUUGUGGAAAACCGUAUAGAUCGAAGGCUGGACUUGCGUAUCACCUGAGGUCAGAGCAUGGGCCUAUCUCCUUCUUUCCAGAGUCAGGACAGCCAGAGUGCUUAAAGGAGAUGAGCCUGGAGUCUAAGAGUGGGGGCCGAGUUCAGAGACGUUCUGCCAAGAUAGCUGUAUACCACCUGCAGGAGCUGGCCUCUGCUGAAUUGGCCAAGGAAUGGCCUAAGAGGAAGGUGCUUCAGGAUCUGGUACCUGAUGAUCGGAAGUUAAAAUAUACUCGCCCUAGGCUACCUACUUUCAGCCCAGAAGUACUACACAAAUGGAAGUCAGAUAUCAAGAAGUAUCAUCGCAUUCAGUGUCCUAACCAGGGUUGUGAGGCUGUCUACAGUAGUGUAUCCGGCCUUAAAGCUCAUCUGGGUUCUUGUACAUUGGGAAACUUUGUGGCUGGAAAAUACAAGUGUCUUCUGUGUCAGAAAGAAUUUGUGUCAGAGAGUGGUGUCAAGUAUCACAUCAACUCUGUCCAUGCUGAGGAUUGGUUUGUUGUAAACCCAACAACAACCAAAAGCUUUGAAAAGCUGAUGAAGAUAAAGCAGCGGCAGCAAGAAGAAGAAAAGCGGAGGCAGCAGCACAGGAGCAGAAGGUCUCUAAGACGGCAUCAGCAGCCUGGCUUUGAGCUUCCUGAGACAGAGCUGAGUCUUAGAAUAGGGAGGGAUCAGAGGAGGAAUAAUGAGGAACUGGUAGUGUCCUCCUGUAAGGAACCAGAGCAGGAGCCAGUGCCAACACCACUGCAGAAAGUAAAGCCCCCAAAGACUAAUCAUAAACGAGGAAGGAAAUAGGCAGUCAGCCUGAAAGUGCUCCUAGGAGAGCUGAUAUGAUGCUGUUUCACGGGGACCUGUGCUGGGGGAACUGAGUCAUGGGGCUAUGUGAAAAUUCUUUCAGCUGUUUGUGUAAUCAGGCUGGGACUUUCUCAGCUUCUUCUCCUGUGUAAAUUUCACUGUCUUCCCUACUUAAUCACUUUUAUUCCCCUGUCACCUUUAAGUAGGUUUUCCUGCUAUUCCUCAUUGGAGUCCUCUUGUUUUUCCUCUUGUCUUGCCCAAAGAGUUCCCUCUUAAGGCGAACUAUAGGCCCCUCUUACCCUGUAUAAGACUAAGAAAUCUGUUUGGUUGUUGUUUCCUUUCUGGGGUAUAGAAUGUUCUUGGAAGAUCCAUCGAUUUAGUAGCCACUCCAUCAUCUAGCUUAUAAAACUAUUCCAAACUAAUUUUUUAAAACCAUAACUGAUUGAUCAUUUUUGUAUUUGUGAUAUAACAAGCCUAGAAGCUAGAACUGUUGUCACCCAUGUAAUAAAGUUCCUGUGUCUCCUUGGAGACAAACUUUA